CAUUUCGCCCGACCGUUACUUCGCGCCCCGAACCUAUGGACACAUCACUAAUGACCUAAUUAGGUAGGGAGCGCUGACACACUGAGAUGACAUUCGCGUAUCAUCUAAUUAACCAGUCGAGAUUUACCAUCACGCGCCUACGCAUCCAUACAGCCUUCUUGAUUAUUAUUUGUGUACCUUAAUUCGCCUACGGUUAUCACCGGUCAUCUCUGUGUGCGCACCGCUCGACUCCGGUCUGAUCCCAAUCAACACCAGCCAGUAUUCAGGUCAGACUGUAUAUAUAUAUAUAUAUUGCAUAUUUUGUAUAUUGAUUUGCCACUGCUUUUUAGUUAUUAAUAAAUACUUUGUAGCCUGCAUAACCUGAGUGUCGACUACCGUUAUUUUAGUGUGAUCGCCCGUUAAGCUCCUCGGGCGAUAUAGUAAAUUUAUAAAGGAGACUUUAGGGUUACUUAGGCGUAAAGCGGACUAGCCAACCGUUUCCCGUCAGGGGCCGUCUACUUUAACCUUAUCGACGAGCACUCAGACUAGUUUGGUAAGCUAGUCAAGUAGCGACGUUACAAUUUGGUGGAGGCGCCGUUUUCCGUUAGUUUUAUUUUUACUCUAGGGGAGAGCCCAUUUUUUGAGACUACGGACACGAUCCCCAAACAACUACACUAAAUAUAUACGUACUACUCUCAGGUUGUGUGGAGGUUUGUAAUUUAGGGUACAAGUUGCUUUGGAGAAAUAAAAAAUAAAAAAAAAUUAUAAGGCGACAUAUUAUACAGCAAAUUAAUUAUUAAAUUCAUAGCAUUGUAUACAUAAUACAGAAAAUAUUUUAUAAUAAAAUUAUUAGUCAUAUAGGACAUUCAGUAACAUACUGAAAUACAAUUCAAGAUUUUAUUUUUACUAUACAUUUUUAUUAUUUUUAUUAAUAUGUAACAUAUGACGCUGUAUAAUUAUUACAUUAAAAGGGUUGAAAAUAAUCAAACGAUUCGUAUAAAUUCGCGAUCGUGGGGAAUAUUAGGUUUUGAUCGCAACGUUGAUGUCCAAGACAUAUCGGCAUCAGAUUUAGUUGAGCAUUUUAAACAGGCAAAACAAAUUAAUACUCUAGAAGCGUUACAAGUUUGUAGGAAUAUUAAAACUCCAUUUGUUAGUGUGCCUAUUCAUAAAUACGACAAGUUUGUUGUGUUAAAAGCCGUUAGUACUGCGAAGUACACUUUAUCACAAUUUCAUAAUAGGUCAUUAGCUGAAAAAAUUAGUUUACUGAAACAAGAUAAGAAGGGUUAUUUGUAUCGGUACUGUACGAAAAACGAUCUUAUCAAUAUAUUAGCGCAAUUAGGAGAAGAAGCGCCAGUAUCUUCUCUAAUAGGGGUCUUAAAAAAUAGGUUAAGGGAGACAUUUAAGCAAAAUCCUUUGGUAGACGCGCAUAAUUCGGACGAGGACAGUGAUAGUGAUAAUCUAGAUAAGGUUUUGGAAGCUAAACCCCAUAGUUACAUAUCUGACACUUCUGAUAGUACCACAUCGUCUGACGACUUAGAUAAUACUGUAAUCCCUUCUGAUAAUAAGACAGACACGCCCGCAACUGAUAAGCCAUCUACAUCAGCGGAAGCAUCUAAAUUUUCCGAAAGUAAUAAAAAAAGUCCUGAGGCAGGACGAUUCAUAAGCGGCGCACCAAAAGUAAAAAUGAGUAUUACACCGCAAAGUUUCUCCGGUCGGAUGACCGAAGAUGUUAACGAGUAUUUUAAGGAUUUCGAAAGAAUCUCGGCCGCAAAUGUAUGGGGUGACAGCCAAAAAUUAAUCAUGUUCCCACUGUAUCUUAGGGAAGAGGCGAAAAUUUUAUUUGAGAAGAUAGAGAGUGAAACUGGGAGCUUAACUUGGUCAAUUUUAAAAAAGGUGUUCGCGGAUUACUAUGAUUCCGAGGAACAACGCGCGCUUUUGAGAGAGAAUCUGAAUAGGAGGAAAAAACGGCCAGAGGAAUCAUUACAGAGUUAUAUUUUGAGAGUGCUGGGAGAGUGUAAGCGAGUGGAUGAAAAUAUGAGCCAGAAAGAUAUCAGUAAGAUAAUUAUGAAAGGAUUCCCUCAGGAAGUGUAUUGGAGAAUAUAUGCCAUGGAUAACUCUACGGUCGACAAGAUAACAGCGAAUAUUAGGACAUAUGAAGCGGACAUGGUAGCAAUAAAUAAUAAUGAAAGCGAAAUUGAAAUUUUAAGGAAAGAGAUUGAGAAACUCAGGGUCGGCAGAGAAAGCAAUAGCAGUGAUGAGGUAAGACAGUUGAAGGAAGAGCUUGAGAGGGUCAAAGCAAGCAUAAAUAACAGACCAUUUAGAAAUAAUGGUAAUUUUAGAGGCAACUCUAAUAAUACUGGUAACUUUAGGGGCAAUCCUAAUAAUAAUAGUAACAAUACUAGGGACCGCAAUUAUAACAAUUAUAAUAGGGCUAGCGAUAACAAUUCCAGAAAUAGGAACUACAACAAUAACAACAGAUAUAAUGGUAAUAAUUUUAGGAACCGCAAUUUUAACAAUAACAAUAAUUCAGAUAACAGUAACAGGCCUAGAGAUGACGAUAACGGUAAUAAUAACCGGAAUCGUAAUUACAAUAACAAUAAUAAUGGUAAUAAUAACAGAUCUAGCGGUAAUAGCGGCGGUAGAAAUUACAAUAAUCGUAAUAAUAACAACGAAAAUUAUAGGGAUACAAGACGCGAUAAUGGAGACGAUAGGGGUAGAAACAGAAAUUUUUCGGAUAGUCAUGAGGAUGACUUUGAUAGGCGCAAUUCAAAAAACUAUAACUCGCGUUUUAAGAACAAUGACAGGAGAGACGAUAGAGAUAAUAACUCGGGCGAUCAGCAAAGCAACGCAAAAAACUAAUGGGUCAAAACCCGGAAGCCAGGUCGAGUUUUGAUACUAAACAUUCUCAAAAACCUGACUUUAAUGUAAAUCAAGCAACUUUAGAUAAC